AUGAGUUUUCUCGUCGCCGGGCUGCGGGUCAAGUACGACGAGGCCCUGGAGGAGCUGGCCAUCGUGGCCGACACCCUCGACCCCGGGGCGUCGGUGGAAGUGAACGUGCCCCUCAAGUUCGAUUUGAAUAUCAAGUCAUCUGGGUCUGGCUGUGUAAAAGUCCAAAAUAUUGAGUGCGAUCAUUGUGAAAUCCAAACCGACCAGGGCAGUAGCACCUUACAAUCUGUUAAGAGUCAAAAUUUACAUGUCCAAACAAAAGGAGGCAACGUGAUGUGUCUGGGAACCGUCUACGGGAAUAUAAAUAUUCAUGCGUCAGAUAAAAGUACUGUGACCGUAGAUAAACUGCAGGGAAGUUCUGUGAAUAUUUCUGCUGAAGAUGGGUUACUGAAAGCCAAGUAUCUCUACACAGAAUCCUCGUUUCUGUCUUCUGCUGCUGGCGAUAUUACCUUAGGAAGCAUUCAUGGUGAUAUAACAUUACAAAGCAAGAUGGGUAACAUCACUGUAGAUUCAUCCUCUGGAUGUCUAAAAGCUUCAACUCAUCAGGGUGCCAUAGAUGUUUAUGUGAGCCAACUGGGGAAAGUGGAAUUGAAAUCCCAUGAAGGCUCUGUUACUGUCAAGGUCCCACCUUCUCUCCAGGCUCACGUCGAGUUAUCAGGGAGAGAGGUGGACGUGAGCUCAGAAGUGUGUGUUCAGGAAAUGGCUGAAGCUCAGAGCGACUCUGGCGUGACAGUCACUGGAUUCAUGAAUCAAGCAAGCCAGCAUGAAAGAUGGAUUAAUGCAGAUGCCCCAAAAGGCACUGUCAGUUUGAGAAGUCAAAGCUGGUUCCAGUCCCUGAAACUGCCGGACUGAGUGGCUUGAAUUGUAUUUAUGAUUUUUCACAAUGAUUAGCAUAUGUGUGACCACAAAAAUGCAAAUACCGGAGUGGGUAUUGUGCCACAGCUGGUUAAGCUGCCGCUUGGAACACCGGCAUCCCAUAUCAGAGCACAGGUUCAAGUCCCAGCUGCUCCACUUCUGAUCCAGCUCCCUGCUAACAAUGCACCUGGGAAGUAACAGUGAUGGCUCAAAUGCUCGAGUUCCUGGUUCAUCUGGGAGACCUGGAUGAAGCUCCUGGCUGCUGCGGCCAUUUGGGGAGUAAACCAGCGGAUGAAAAAUAGUUUCUCUCUCUCUCUCUGCCUUUCAAAUAAAACAUAAAUAAAUAAAUACUUUUUUUAAAAAAAAUGCAAGUCCAUAUUAAUGUUGAAAACAGCAAACCAGGAAUGAAUAUUGAUGAACUGUUUUUUUUGUUUGUUUGUUUUUUUGGGUUUUUUUGCGGGGGGGGCUUUUUCAAAUUCUGUGCUCCGCUAUUGUGCUCACGUUCCAUCACCCUGAAGCAGAUUACAGUUGUCCCCUUUUAUCCACGGGGAAUAUCUUCCAAGGCCCCUGGUGGAUGCCUGAAACCAAGGACAGUGCCGAUCCCUAUAUGUACUAUGCUUUCUCUAUCCAGACGACAUAAAUUUAGCACCUUUUUCAUCUUUAUUAAGCACUCAGCACACAUUGUGGCUGUUCCCGACUGCUACAGUGUGAGGUACAACUAGCAAAACUAGGAUGAGUUUCCUUUUUUCUUCUUUGUACUUUCACGGGUAGAAGAUGCAUUCUUACCAUAGAUGUUAGCAACUUUUGUUAAGAACUUUCACCUUUUCACUUGAAACAAACACAGCAAAGCUCUUGUUUGGCAUCCCCAAAUGACCAACAUCACUACUUUCAUACUAUUGGGUCAUUAUCAAAUAAGGUAAAGGUUACUUGAACACAGGGACUGUCAUGGGGAGAUAGUCGGUCUCUGACCAAGACAGCUACUAAGUGUCUAGUGGGAAGGCUACGUGGGACACAGCUGGUUCACGUCCUGGGCAGGACAGGGGCAGGAUGGCAUGACACUGCUUGGAAGUAUGGAAAGCAAACCCUGAACUACUACACCAUAAACUUAGCAGCUUACAAUCUUGCCCAUUUAUCAAUUCACAGUUCUGUAGGUCAACAGCCCAGCAUAGCCAUGCUCCCUGCUGAGAUUAUUACAAGACUGAAAUUGUCAUAUUGGCCAGGCUGAGUUCUCCUCUAGAGACUUGGGGGAGAAAUCCGCUUCCACGUUCAUUCAGCUUGUUGGCAGAUUCCUGGUAUUGGUGACUGGGCGAUUGAGGUCUCCAUGUUCCUACUGGUUUUGAGUGAGCAAUCACUCUAAACACCCAGAGGCCAUCUACAUCCCUUCUCGUGUGGCCCUCAAAAAUUUUAGACAGCAGUGAGGCACUGAGUCUCUUCAGGCCACCUGCAACCAGUUGGAAAAAAAUCUCUGCUUUUCACUUGAUUAGGUCAGGCCCAUGAAGGAUGAUCUUGGCUUUGCCAUAACAUGUAACACAGACAUACAAGAGUUUCAUUCAGCUUCCGCCCCCACCUCACGCUUGCUCAGUCAUCUCAGAAUUCUUUGUGCUACAGCUCUCAUGCCCUGGGUUGUCUGCUUAGCACCUGUUACUCAUCACUGUAAGUAGACGUUGUGAAUAAAAAAGUUAUCAUCAAUGUGAAGCAGUUGCUACCGAUUAAUAUCUUUUGUGUGCCUUAAGACAUACUUCAUGGAGGGGGGACAUUCAGCUAUUUCAUAGCCUAAUGUAUAAAGAUUGAGUGUUCCCUUUAUAAAGAUCUACUUAGUAAAGUUAUUUUAUAAAUCCCAUUUCUUUAAUACUUUGUCUAUUUGUGAAACAUUUACAUUAAACAACA